AUGCCGUUGGAACCGGCAGAAAGACCGAGUGUGCCGGCGGUCUGUUCAUGGUCGAUGUUUCUGACCCAAGCAAGCCAACUUCCCGUGGCUGCGCCAACGCGGACGGAUACGUUCAUGAUGGUGAGUUGUGAUCCAAGGCAUAUCAUUGAGCCGAACCAUACUAAUAUACAUCCAGCUCAAUGCGUCAUCUACACUGGUCCCGAUCAGCAGUACAAGGGCAAGGAAAUCUGCUUCGGCUACAAUGAAGACUCCCUCACCAUCUACGAUGUUACCGAUAAGCAGAACCCCAAGAUCAUUUCCAAGACCCCAUACCAGGGCUCUGCCUACACCCAUCAGGGCUGGCUCGCCGACCCCAAGAAGAUGACCUACCUGCUCCUCGACGACGAGCUCGACGAGAAGGACGGCACUGCCCUUGGCAAGAACCAUACCACCACCUACAUCUUCGACAUCAAGCAGCUCGCUAAGCCCAAGUACACCGGCUUCUACCAGUCCCCUGCCCAGUCCAUUGACCACAACCAGUAUGUUCUCAACGGCCUAACCUACCAGUCCAACUACGGCUCUGGUCUCCGCAUCGUCGACGUCAGCUCCAUUGACCGAAAGCCCGAUGGCUCUCAGUUCAAGGAAGCCGGUUUCUUCGACUGCCACCCCGAGGAUGACCACAUGAACGGAGAGGUCUCUUUCCACGGCAGCUGGAGCACCUACCCAUACUUCAAGAGCGGAUACAUCCUCCUCAACAGCAUUGAGCGUGGUGUGUACUCCCUCCGAUACAACGGCCCACCAGCCCGUUACCGCUGGUAA